GAAUGCUGGGACGUGCAGACCUAUGGCGGCGCGGGUAGUGCUGGAGUGCGGCGCGUGAUUGCUGUACUGACAUCAGCGCGCGAGCAUCCGGUCGCCAGCCCGAGUCCCGGCUUCGCGCUCGCAUUUUGUGCCGGGGAGCGGGCGCCGUAGGGUGACCCGAGGCCGGAGUGACCAGACGGGUAACCGCAGCGCCGUCGGCCGCCCAAGCUGAGCUUGGUACUUCCUGUACUGGAAGAAGGUUGGAUGACAGUCUUCUGAAAAGAACAAUGGAGGGUGGGGGAAAAGUUUAUCUUAACUGGCCACCAGUUGCUAUUGCAAUAACUUAAAAGUGAAAAUAGUAAGAGAAAAUAUCCAGUGCAAGAUGAAGUAGAAUGCUGCUCUUCAAUCAAGACAACAUGUAAAGUGACAAAUUUGCACGUGUCUCGUGGAACGUUUCAACAGCAGAAGACUCAUCCAUUGUGGUUUCAGGCAAGGUUUUCAGAGGAGUCUAGGCUACAGCCACACGAAAACUUCUGCACUUAAAUUUGAAUUAUUCUAUGGGAUCUUUUACAUCCACCUGAAGAGGUAAAAAGAUCCUACUUUUCUUGCAUUAUGGAUGAGCAGCCUCCUCAACAGUUUGCUGGUCAUGUUGCAGUUUCUGCAUUUCAAUCACAGAAACCUCUGCGUCCUGAUUUGGGCCUCAAUACACUGGGAAAUUUCCAAAUAGAGAAAAAGAUUGGUCGUGGACAGUUUAGUGAAGUCUACAGAGCAUCAUGCCUACUAGAUGGAAUGCCUGUAGCUCUGAAGAAAGUCCAGAUAUUUGAAAUGAUGGAUGCCAAAGCUCGUCAAGAUUGCAUAAAAGAAAUAGAUCUUCUGAAGCAAUUAAACCACCCAAAUGUAAUAAAAUAUCUUGCAUCAUUCAUUGAAGAUAAUGAGCUAAAUAUUGUACUGGAACUGGCAGAUGCUGGAGACCUUUCUAGGAUGAUUAAGCAUUUUAAGAAACAGAAGCGGUUGAUUCCAGAAAGAACAAUUUGGAAAUAUUUUGUUCAACUCUGCAGUGCCUUGGAACACAUGCAUUCUCGGCGCGUCAUGCACAGAGAUAUAAAACCAGCUAAUGUGUUCAUUACAGCAACUGGAGUAGUAAAGCUGGGAGACCUUGGAUUGGGCAGAUUUUUUAGUUCGAAAACUACAGCAGCACAUUCUUUAGUGGGUACGCCAUACUACAUGUCCCCAGAGAGAAUACACGAAAAUGGAUACAACUUCAAAUCAGACAUCUGGUCACUAGGUUGUCUGUUAUAUGAGAUGGCAGCUCUCCAAAGUCCAUUCUAUGGUGAUAAAAUGAACUUAUAUUCUCUCUGUAAAAAGAUCGAACAAUGUGAUUAUCCUCCUCUUCCUUCUGACCACUACUCAGAAGAGCUUCGCCAAUUAGUAAAUAUCUGCAUUAAUCCGGAUCCAGAGAAGAGACCAGAUAUUGCCUAUGUGUAUGAGGUAGCUAAGCGCAUGCAUGCACUUUCUUCAGGAAGCUAAAACAAAUCAUGCAUUGUGAAGACAGGAAAACAGAAGAUAUGAACAUAAAAUUUCAGUAUUUCUGUAUUCUAUCAUUAGUCUAUUAUUUUAUGUCUAUGAAUAGUUGUACAGAAUUCGGUGGUUCAAUGGAAUGAAAGUUAUACAAGCUCAGAUGAAUUCUUAAUGACAUGGUUCUUUCUGCUGAACUGCAGUUGUUUUAAUAAUUACAUCCUCUCAGUGGCCUUCAGUGUUUUCAUUUCCACACUUGAUAUUUUGAAAAUAAAAUUAGUGUGACUACAAUAUUCUUUACAAUCAUAAGCAAAUCUGUUUUCUGUAGGCCUGUUGGACCAGAGUUGUUAGAUAACUCGUGCUUUUAUUUACUAAAUGCUGUAGCCUUUACGGUAUUUUCUUUUGACCCCAAGCUGCUUAAUGGUAUUGUAUGACUUUGCAGAAAGUUUUGGUAUGCUAUGCAAAUCAGCAUUUGGUUUGUCUGGACCAAAUUCUCAAUUGCUUCAAUGUUCCUUGUAAGUCACAUAAAUGAUAACCAAAACACUAUUAAAUUUUAAUUGACAUUUAUGGUUUCUAAAAGUGCCUUCACUUUUAUUUUGUUAAAACCUGCAGAUUAAUGCAAUACUUUUAAUUGUCCAUUGAUGUUGAACCACCAGGAAGAACAAUUAUUGCUCAGUUAGAACUCUCUUGUGAUUGGGAAACAAUAUUAUCCCUUUCUAUUCUCUUUGCAGAGAUCCAGUUGAGAUUUCUAACUGAGCUGAAGAGACAAGAGUUCAACUUGUCUCUUCUUGAUAUGUAGUCUACCUUAAUUUUAUUUUUAUUAUUUUGUGGAUUUAAAGAUGUUUGUAGUUUCAUUGCACCCCAGUCAUUUGAAUAUUCAAUUCUACUUCUGCAGAGCUUUCUCUAUGUAGUUGGAAAAGUUCCACACAGAUUGGCAUUAAACAAAUUUAUUAAUAUGGUUCCAAAGAAAUGUGAUAAUUUUCAUAAAGUAUGAUAAUCAAUGGGGAACUGGUAUAGAGUCAUAAAGCUGUAGGCCAUAUCUGGAGGAUUAACUUUGAGAAUCCAGAACAUCUUACGGCUAAAGAGUGAUAUACAUCAGUUACAAAAGAUUUAGGGCCUUAAGGAAAUUUCUUAUGAGGUCUGAUACUUGAACAUGCAGACCAAAGAUAAUGUAAUCUCAGCAAAUAUAGUUGAAAUGCUGCAAUUGACCAUGGUGCCUUUGAAUUAAGUGGGGGAAAUGAUUUGAGCUUUCUGCUCCAGAUUACUAUCAAUAUCCACAAUUCUAAAAAUCCCAGUCAGAAUUCACAAAUAAAAAUUGGCUGUUCGGUCAAUAUUAGUCAAAACACCUGGCCCUUUAGAAUACAAGGCAAAAAAGCAUUGGAGAAUUUGAGAGGAUAAGAAAAGUCCUUCCAUGUGAAAUAGAAUUUCUGCUAUACAUUUAUCUUCAAUAUUUUAGAAUUCAUUUGUGUAUAAAUAUGUUACUAUAUGUAGAGUAUGGUAUUCACUGAUUUGAGUAGUGCCUCUCCAAAAGUGAGUAUUUGCCAUCCAGCAUUGUUAUUGAGCAGUAAUGAAUUAAGUUAACUUGGGAUUUUGGCCCAAAUUAAAAUUUGUUGUGUUUUUAGUUCUGGGACUUGAUUUAAAAAAAAAGUUCUCUAAUUAAUAAAUGAUCUUUUAAUUAAUUUGAAGAGUCAUUUAUUGAGUCAAAUAUAUUUUACAAACAUUAUAAUUCCUUUGCAAUUUUUUUCCUUAUUGCUUAGAGAUUUUAAGUAACGUAGCUAAAAACCUCUGCUUGUUUUGUUGACGUAGUCCUUGUAUUAAAACAAAAUUAAUUCGAUUUUUAUUGAUCAUUUCAAGUCCAAAAGCAACUAUUGUAUUGGGUGAGCCUAUAUGACACAGGACAAUAUGGUACUGCAUUCAAUUUUUUUUUAAAUAGGUAAUAUUAGUUUGAAAUUCUUUUAGCUCUGCAGUUUUUUAAUCAAUUUAAUGGACACCAAUUUUCCUAAAAUAUUCAUUUCUAAAUUUUUCCUAAAAUGCUGUACCAAUAUAGACUAUUUGUGCAACUUAUUGCUUGGAUUUACAAAUGUUAUUUUUGCAAAUUAUUUGCUUAUUUAGAGAAAGAAAACAUAUUUAAUUUAAAUCCUUCCUAAUUUUCAAUGUGUUACACUUGUUAAUAGAGCCAGGUUCAAAAUGUUCCUAGAUUUGAAUAUUCUUUGACAAGAACUUGUGUAGGGAAAACCAGAGUACAGUAUAAUGUGCCUUUAUGUUUUACAGAGAUGCUAAUAUGCUUGUAUCUAAUGUCAUUAAGUGCAUACUGAUAAAGAAUAUAUAAAAGAUUCCACUGCAGAAAUUUCAAUUGCUUUCCAGUAUAUUUACAAGAAAAAUGCAUCUUUUGGUAAAUAGUUGUAUAAUCUGUUCAAUGGAAAUGACACCAUUUAAUUAUAAAUCCAAAGGUUAGAUAUAAGAUGGAAUUUGCUUUUGUUCAAAUUUAUUCUUAUUCACUGUAAAAUCUAACAUGCUGCUUGUCCUUAGUCAAUUUUCAGAUAAUUGUUUAUAUUCUGAACAAUUGCUCUGCUUUUGCAAUUCUGUUGCAACUACACUUAAAACUAAUUACUACCUUUGCUAUAAUUGAAGAGCUUUGCAAUAGCUUUUCGUGACAUAGCACUUGUGUGCAUGCAUCUCCUCUGAUGUACCUGGAAUGAUAUUACUACCUGGUGUUUUGUUUUCUUCACUUCUGUGAAUGACGUUUGUCUACCUAUAAUUUGUUGCAUUCACCCUGAAUCUCUAAACAUUGUUCUGAAACUUGGUUUAAUAUGAGUUACAAGAAAUACCUGCUAACUAGUUAUCUGAUUGUAAUUGUUGAUCAGUUAAAGAUGGCAUAGUAAAUGGCUGAGUUGAGUGACAUCAUUGUCAAUACAAAAUGCUGUUUACACUGAGUGCUGUAUGGCUAGUAAUUUUUAUUACUAGAUAAUUUUCCAUCCAAUAAGUUAACUAUUAGUCACUUUAUAAAAGCUUGAAUAGAUUUUAGUACCAAUUCAUGCAUUUUAUUAUCAUGGACUUUACAAUUUGAAAGCUAUUGCUGUUAUUCUAAUAUAUUACUAAUAUUACUGUAUGAUUCUUUUUGCUGGAUUUUAAAAAAUGAUACAAGAAACAAUCUGUAAUCUUUCAGGUACUCGUAAUGAAAUUUUAUUAAUGAGAUGUAAAAGGCUGGCCCCCAGGUUUGUUUCUUAGCUGAUUUGUGUGAAUCUUUUGUAAUAAUUUUGUGUGCAAUUAUCUACAGCCACGAUAAGGAAGGGCAUUUUUCCUUCCAAUUCUGAUAAGUUCUUGUUACCCUUUUUUCUGUGUGUCUCUGCAUGAAGUAGAACCCAUCCUUUGCAAGUCAAUAUGCACAUAGUAGCAAUCUGUAACCUAGAGUUUUUUGUCACAAUCUUUCCUAAUGAUGAAAAUCAUUAGAAUUAUUCAUAACUUGGUUUAGGACUGUUAAGUUUAAACAUGUAGUUUGCUGUGAUGUAAAGUGUAUAAAUGCAUAAUUAAAAUGACUACUUAGUUACAUAUUUGUAUCUGUAAAAGAAUAUUUCAAAAUGGUAUAUCAGUAAGAGAAAACAAACUAAUUUUAAUUGGAAAAUGUACAGGUGCAUAGUAAUGAGGAUAGACCAGUUUGAGUUUCUUGAUUUUGUAAAAUCUGCUUGAUACAACAUUUUAUUACUUAAUAAUUUCUGAUUUAAGUGAUGAGUCUUGCAUGUAUAAAAGCACAAUCCAGCACUGGGUGCAGGGAUAAUAAUGUUCGCUAAGGAGACAGUGUCUGUAUGUUGAAAAGUCACCUGUCAAUAUUUAAAUGUUUACUCCUUUUUCAUAUACAGUACUCGGUGUAAAGUUGUGCUUUAUUGCAUUUGGUGGAGAUGUGAUAAUAUAUAUAUUUUUAAAUAAGGCAAUUUUUCAAUUUGAGUGGACUCACUAAUAUAAAUUGUGAAGUUACGCAAGACGCUCUCAGAAAGAUUAUUUUGUAAGCACACUGUUUAUUUUUACAGGGUAGCAUAUAGGGAUAGGAAUAAUUGUUUCUGACAAAUUGCUUUAAAGCAUAUACUGUGACUAUUAAAUACAUUUGCUUGUUCUGUGAAAUUGAAAAUCGAAUGACGUGACCUAAAAUGCACAAAUUAUCUGAGUUUUACUGAAAUCCUUUGCAUUUCAGCAAUUUUAUUUGAAUGUAUGGAAGGUUAAUUAUGUCAUUGUACUUCUGCUUUGUUAAAUCCCAACAGUUCUCUCUGCCAGAGAAAUCCGAUCUGCUGGCGAUAAUAGUUUUACUAUCUCAUUGCCACCUAGUGGUAGCACAGUUAUGUUGCACUUCAAGGACAACACUAACCAAAAAUAAAAUCUAUUGUUUUAACUGAAAAACUGUAUAUAUCAUUUGUAUACAUCCUCAAUCAUUAAUUUACCCUAUUCAGUAUCAUCUUUUUCUGAUUCUAAGUGCAGUUGCUUUAUCAUUAAAAUUGGAACUUUUAUUCCACUUAAAGGCAUUGUUCAGUCAAACUGAGUUUUGUUUUGUAAUAAAACGUUACUCAAUUGAAUCACCAUGUGCACCUUACAAGAAGUACCAGACUCCUAACUAAAGAUCACAUUCUGAUCAAUUGCUAUUUAUCACUAAUUCUUAAUCUUUUUGUUUUGCCACUUUCAUUAAC